CAAGAUGGAUCAUUAUGCGCUCAACACUGCCUCAAUUCUCUCUUACAAGGACCCUAUUUUACAGCGGUUGAACUAGGAACGUUGGCGAAUCGGCUCGAUGAAGAGGAAAGAGAACAGAUGGCUGAAGGCGGAAUGGACACGGAAGAUUACCGGCAAUUCCUGCAACAACCGUCAACCAACAUGGAUGAUAGUGGAUACUUUUCGGUUCAAGUCAUUACCAGUGCGUUGCAAGUGUGGGGUCUUGAGUUAGUGCCUUAUUGCAGUACAGACGAACGGGCCAAAGCGGCCCUGGAGAAUCCCGCUCAAAUGCAAGCCUUCAUUUGCAACUACAAAGACCACUGGUGUACCAUCAGGAAAAUUGGAAAUCAGUGGUUUAAUUUGAAUUCAUUACUUGCCAAGCCGCAACUGAUUUCCAACACUUACCUGGCACUAUUUUUGGCGCAAUUGAGAAACGAAGGGUAUUCCAUAUUUAUAGUAUCUGGAGAAUUGCCCGAAUGCGCAGCAGACGAUAUUCUUAGGAACAAUCCUGUUAAAUCCUGCUCUAGUCCCAGAUCGCAUGUGUUUCAAACUCAGUCUUCCUCCAGCGAAACUGAUCCAGACGUUCAAGCGGCCUUGAGGCUUAGUUUACAAGACAGUGGCCAAUAUGAUAGUCCAGAUGUGGAAGAAAUAGCGCUUCAAGAGGCUUUAAGGAUGAGCAUGCAGGCCUCCAGUAGUUCUCCCGAAGAAGACGACGAUGAAGACUCACUUCUGAAAAAGGCAAUCACGAUGAGCCUGCAAUGUUAGUACCCAUUUGAUUUCAAUCAAUACUAAUUUAGAUGUAGAUGUAAAAAGGCACUUGCCAGCCUAAAAUAAGCCCAGAGGUUGAAUGAAGCGAAAGAAAAACCCUCUUCAUUAUUUGGAAAGUCGUCGAGUUGUUUUCUCAGGGAUGGUGAUCGACUACUGAAUUGAAAUAAUUUUUUCCUUCAAGCAAUGCCAGUUAUGCAAGUUUACAAGGGCCUUUUUGCGUUGAGAUGUAUAUUUUAACGGCUGAUUUGAACGCACAAUUCUUCUCUUCACUAACAUUAAAUACAUGUGCGUUUUAUCUUGUUGAUUGAAUGAUAAUGGAAAUAUUAUUGAAGCAUCUGAAAUUAUAUUUCAGUUCUUUCAAAAAGUUAUACUUCGGUACUUUUUCGUAUUAACUCGUACUUAAUGACUUGAUUUUUAUCACAAAUUUAUCUUUUUUCGUAGAAAAUGUUAUAAAUAUGUUAUGAAUAAAUAUGAUGCAAAAUUAA